CUACACACCUACACAUGUAUAAAUCACCACCCAACACCACAAAUUUAAAUUUGGAGACAAGAGAGAGAGAGAGAGAGAGACGCAAAGAGAAAGAGAUAGACAGAAAAAGCGAGAGAGAGAGAAGCAGUUGGAUAGGAUGGACGGCGCAAUGGAGUUUUCGCCGGCGCUGGAAGUUUCGGCCGUAAACUACUUGUGCUACGGGUUGACGGUGGUGGUUAAUAAUCUGUGGCCGUGCGUCGCCGUCAUAGCGGCCGCGUUGAGCUUCUGGAGAAUCAGAUUCAGAGCCGCCGAUUCCUCGGCCACCGCCGCCGGCUCCAGCCUGUCGAUCAAGCCCGAUCCGCCCACUUGUGCUCCAGCUGAUUCCGAUCGAAACGCCAGUGAUGCGUCGGCUUCGACCUCGCCGCUCAAUUCGACGUCGGAGGACCGCCCCGUUUCAGCUCCGGCAGUGCUUUUAGCCAGCUCUGCCGCCGCGGCUCCGGCUACGUCGUGGGAAUGCGAUGCAGAAGAUGAUUGCGGAGUGGUGACGAAAGGGAAUAAGUUCAGGCUGUAUUACGAAGAUGGCGGAGAGAGUACCGUGGUGGGUGGAAGUGGGGGUAGCACUGCUCGGAACGACGACGUUUUGACGGGCGGAGGUGGCGGCGUCGGUGUCAGCUGGUGGGAGAGAUCAGUGGGGAAGGGGAGGAGAAGAAGUGGGGGGAUGGGAUGGUACAGGUGUCAGGAUUUGACGGUGAUUAACGGGAGCGUGGUGAGAUUAUGGGAUGAUGGAUGUGGGUUCAUGGCAAUUGGUAUGUAGGACUUAGGGCAGGGGAUCAUUAGAGGAGUACCGCCUAUGCAAUAAUAUAUAUAUAUAUACUGUGUUGUUAGUUUUAAUUUAAUUAGUUGCGUUCAUCAAGCUUUAAAUGUACAGUUAAUUAGUCAUCAUGAUGAAGCUUUUAAUUAAUUAAAUUAUGUGGAAUUAAUGAUAAA